AGUAGCCUGAUGAGUGAAAAAAGAAGUGUCUAUUUGGAAAUCUAAUGGAAAUCUAUGGAAAAGCAGGCAGCAUCAUUCCGAUUUGUGGGAUUGAAUCAUCCGGUACACUUUCGAAAGAUGCUCCCCGAUUGUUGGCAUCCGGCAGUUUUGUGGGCCGCAAUCUUUGGCUGCCUUUGCGUUUUGAUUUAUUGCUGCACUUUUCGCGCUUAUCUGAAGGGAGUUAAAGGGACUAUUCCCCAGAAGGCCUACAGCAUGGCCAACAAUGUUCCACUGUACAGUGUUUGUCCUAAAGCGAGAAACGCCGCCGUUAACGUAUUUGUGAUCGAUGUGGAAUCCCCCACAAAAUAUAAUAAUGGGAAUCUCUGUUCGGAUUUACCGUAUCUGGCCGGGGUCACGCUCAACUACGAAGCAAUUCUGAAAGGUGUCGGCGCUGCACGGUCGGAUGCGAACUGGAUGCAGAACUGGGCCAAUUCAACAACACCCAGCUGCAGUGCUGAUAGUGAUGAUACUGGCAGAACAAUUGGCACGUUGCCAUUGACUGACGUUAGCUGUGAUAGUUUAUCAAAUUUGUUAGUGCCUUCGGAAGGAAGGAAAUUAUAGCGCAUUGAAGUGAUUUACAGAA